CUUCGACCCCCCGCCCGCCUACCACGAGGUGGUGGACGCGGAGAAGAAUGAUGAAAAUGGAAACUGCUCGGGGGAAGGAAUUGAAUUCCCUACAACAAAUUUGUACGAACUGGAAAGCCGUGUUUUGACUGAUCAUUGGUCCAUCCCUUACAAGCGAGAAGAAUCAUUAGGCAAAUGCCUGUUGGCUUCUACCUACCUAGCAAGGCUUGGCCUCUCUGAAUCUGAUGAGAAUUGUAAAAGAUUUAUGGAUAGGUGUAUGCCUGAAGCAUUUAAAAAGCUCCUGACGUCAAGUGCUGUCCACAAGUGGGGUACUGAAAUUCAUGAAGGAAUCUACAAUAUGUUGAUGCUCUUAAUAGAACUGGUUGCAGAGAGAAUAAAGCAAGAUCCGAUUCCCAUUGGUCUCCUGGGCGUGCUCACAAUGGCUUUCAAUCCUGAUAAUGAAUACCAUUUUAAAAACAGAAUGAAAGUGUCUCAGAGGAAUUGGGCAGAAGUGUUUGGAGAGGGAAAUAUGUUUGCUAUUUCUCCUGUAUCUACUUUCCAAAAGGAACCUCAUGGAUGGGUUGUGGAUUUGGUAAAUAAGUUUGGAGAAUUAGGUGGAUUUGCAGCAAUCCAAGCCAAGCUUCACUCAGAAGAUAUAGAACUUGGGGCUGUGUCAGCAUUGAUACAACCCUUAGGAGUGUGUGCAGAGUACCUGAAUCCCUCCGUGGUACAGCCCAUGCUGGACCCAGUCAUCCUGACCACGAUCCAGGAUGUGCGGAGUGUGGAAGAGAAAGACCUCAAGGACAAGAGACUGGUUAGCAUUCCUGAGCUCUUGUCUGCCAUUAAGUUACUUUGCAUGCGCUUCCAACCGGACCUGGUGACGAUCGUGGAUGACCUCCGACUCGACAUCCUCCUGCGCAUGCUGAAGUCACCGCAUUUCAGUGCCAAGAUGAAUUCCUUGAAAGAGGUAACCAAACUAAUAGAAGAUAGCACUUUAUCCAAAUCUGUGAAGAAUGCUAUAGAUACAGACAGAUUAUUAGACUGGCUAGUUGAAAACUCAGUUCUGUCAAUUGCACUGGAAGGCAACAUAGACCAAGCACAGUACUGUGAUCGCAUAAAGGGAAUUAUUGAACUCCUGGGCAGUAAAUUAUCUUUAGAUGAGCUCACCAAAAUUUGGAAGAUACAGUCAGGACAAUCAUCUACGGUGAUUGAGAACAUUCACACUAUUAUUGCUGCAGCAGCUGUGAAAUUUAAUUCAGAUCAGCUUAAUCAUUUGUUUGUUCUCAUUCAAAAGAGCUGGGAGACGGAGAGCGAUAGAGUAAGGCAGAAGCUGUUGAGCCUGAUUGGACGCAUAGGCCGGGAAGCUCGCUUCGAGACCACUUCUGGAAAGGUGUUGGACGUACUCUGGGAACUGGCUCAUCUUCCAACCCUGCCCAGCAGCCUUAUUCAGCAAGCCUUGGAAGAGCACCUGACAAUCCUCAGUGAUGCCUACGCAGUGAAGGAGGCUAUCAAGAGGAGCUACAUCAUUAAGUGCAUAGAGGACAUUAAAAGGCCUGGAGAAUGGUCAGGUCUAGAAAAAAACAAGAAGGAUGGAUUCAAGUCAUCUCAACUUAAUAACCCCCAGUUCGUAUGGGUGGUACCAGCUUUGCGUCAACUCCAUGAAAUCACCCGCUCAUUCAUAAAACAAACCUAUCAAAAGCAAGACAAGAGCAUUAUUCAAGACUUGAAGAAAAAUUUUGAAAUAGUGAAAUUGGUAACAGGAAGCUUGAUAGCUUGUCACCGACUUGCAGCAGCUGUGGCUGGACCUGGAGGCUUAACUGGUUCGACUCUGGUGGAUGGCCGAUACACUUACCGGGAGUAUUUAGAGGCACAUCUAAAAUUUCUGGCAUUUUUCUUGCAAGAAGCUACACUGUAUCUGGGUUGGAAUCGUGCCAAGGAAAUCUGGGAGUGUCUUGUGACAGGCCAGGAUGUUUGUGAAUUAGAUCGAGAGAUGUGUUUCGAAUGGUUUACGAAAGGGCAGCAUGAUCUUGAGAGUGACGUUCAGCAGCAGCUCUUCAAGGAGAAAAUUCUUAAAUUGGAGUCAUAUGAAAUCACUAUGAAUGGUUUUAACUUAUUUAAGACUUUCUUUGAAAACGUGAAUCUCUGCGAUCAUCGAUUGAAGAGACAAGGAGCUCAGUUGUAUGUAGAAAAACUGGAAUUAAUAGGAAUGGAUUUCAUUUGGAAAAUAGCCAUGGAAUCACCUGAUGAAGAAAUUGCUAAUGAAGCUAUUCAGCUAAUCAUAAACUAUAGUUACAUUAACCUAAAUCCUAGAUUAAAGAAGGAUUCAGUCUCUUUACAUAAAAAAUUCAUUGCUGAUUGCUACACAAGAUUAGAGGCAGCCAGUUCAGCGCUUGGUGGCCCUACCCUAACACAUGCUGUGACCAGAGCAACAAAAAUGCUUACAGCAACUGCCAUGCCAACUGUAGCAACGUCAGUUCAGUCUCCAUACAGAUCCACUAAACUUGUAAUAAUCGAGAGAUUGCUGCUUCUGGCAGAACGCUAUGUGAUCACUAUAGAGGAUUUUUACUCUGUCCCACGAACUAUUCUACCUCAUGGUGCCUCUUUUCAUGGACAUCUUUUAACUCUUAAUGUCACCUAUGAGUCUACCAAAGAUACCUUCACCGUAGAGGCCCACAGUAAUGAAACCAUAGGGAGCGUCCGGUGGAAGAUAGCCAAGCAGCUGUGUUCUCCCGUGGAUAAUAUACAGAUAUUCACGAACGAUAGUCUGCUGACAGUGAAUAAAGAUCAAAAGCUACUCCACCAACUGGGCUUCUCUGAUGAGCAGGUGCUCACAGUGAAGACUUCCGGCAGCGGGACCCCGUCAGGGAGCUCCGCAGACUCCUCCACCAGCUCCAGCAGCAGCAGCAGCGGGGCCUUUAGUUCGUCCUACGCCAUGGAGCAGGAGAAGUCCCUCCCCGGCGUUGUGAUGGCUCUUGUCUGUAACGUAUUUGACAUGCUUUACCAGCUUGCCAACCUAGAGGAGCCAAGGAUAACGCUACGAGUACGAAAGCUUCUGCUCUUGAUACCCACCGAUCCAGCUAUUCAGGAAGCGCUUGAUCAGCUCGAUUCUUUAGGACGGAAGAAAACAUUGCUGUCUGAGUCAACCUCUCAGUCUUCAAAAUCUCCAUCCCUCUCUUCAAAGCAGCAGCAUCAGCCCAGUGCCAGCUCUAUUUUAGAAAGCCUGUUUCGGUCCUUUGCUCCGGGGAUGUCCACCUUCAGAGUGCUCUACAACUUAGAAGUCCUCAGCUCUAAACUCAUGCCAACAGCUGAUGAUGACAUGGCAAGAAGCUGUGCAAAAUCCUUCUGCGAGAACUUCCUCAAAGCCGGGGGUUUGAGUUUGGUUGUAAAUGUCAUGCAGAGGGAUUCCAUCCCAUCAGAAGUAGACUAUGAGACAAGGCAAGGUGUUUAUUCCAUCUGUCUACAACUUGCAAGAUUCUUACUUGUUGGACAGACGAUGCCUACAUUAUUAGAUGAAGACCUCACCAAAGAUGGCAUAGAAGCACUUUCCUCCCGCCCUUUCCGAAACGUUAGCCGGCAGACAAGCAGACAGAUGUCCUUGUGUGGUACCCCAGAAAAGUCAUCCUAUCGCCAGUUAUCAGUAUCUGACAGGUCCUCUAUUAGGGUUGAGGAAAUCAUCCCUGCAGCUCGAGUUGCAAUACAAACGAUGGAAGUAAGUGACUUCACUUCUACAGUGGCUUGUUUCAUGAGAUUGUCAUGGGCCGCAGCUGCAGGACGACUUGACCUUGUGGGGAGUAGCCAGCCAAUUAAAGAAAGUAACUCCCUGUUUCCUGCUGGGAUCCGGAACAGACUCAGCAGUUCAGGAAGCAACUGCAGCUCUGGAAGUGAAGGGGAGCCUGUGGCCCUGCACGCGGGAAUCUGUGUCCGCCAGCAGUCCGUGUCCACCAAAGACUCACUGAUUGCCGGAGAGGCAUUGUCUCUUCUUGUAACGUGCCUGCAGCUUCGGAGCCAGCAACUGGCAUCUUUCUAUAACUUGCCUUGUGUUGCUGACUUUAUUAUCGAUAUUCUGCUUGGAUCACCAAGUGCUGAGAUUCGCCGAGUUGCCUGUGAUCAGCUGUAUACUCUCAGUCAGACAGAUACGUCAGCUCAUCCAGACGUGCAGAAGCCGAAUCAGUUCCUCCUAGGUGUCAUUCUCACAGCACAGCUGCCUCUCUGGUCCCCAACUAGUAUUAUGAGAGGAGUCAAUCAGAGACUUUUGUCUCAGUGUAUGGAGUAUUUUGAUUUGAGGUGCCAACUGUUAGAUGAUCUGACAACUUCAGAAAUGGAGCAGUUAAGAAUCAGCCCUGCUACCAUGCUUGAAGAUGAGAUUACUUGGCUGGAUAACUUUGAACCUAAUCGCACAGCUGAAUGUGAGACCAGUGAAGCUGACAACAUCUUAUUGGCAGGACACUUACGGCUCAUAAAGACGCUGCUCUCCCUCUGCGGGGCAGAGAAGGAAAUGCUGGGUUCAUCACUCAUUAAACCAUUGUUAGAUGACUUCCUUUUCCGAGCUUCUAGAAUUAUUUUAAAUAGUCAUUCUCCAGCUGGCAGUGCCGCCAUCAGUCAACAGGACUUUCAUCCAAAGUGUAGUACAGCAAAUAGCCGACUGGCAGCCUAUGAAGUCCUCGUAAUGCUGGCGGAUAGUUCACCUUCCAACCUGCAAAUCAUCAUAAAAGAACUGCUGUCUAUGCAUCAUCAGCCCGACCCUGCUCUUACCAAGGAGUUCGAUUACCUUCCCCCAGUGGAUAGCAGGUCCAGCUCAGGGUUCGUGGGGCUGAGGAAUGGUGGUGCUACGUGCUACAUGAAUGCAGUCUUCCAGCAGCUGUAUAUGCAACCUGGGCUCCCCGAGUCGUUACUUUCAGUCGAUGACGACACGGACAACCCAGAUGAUAGCGUAUUUUACCAAGUUCAGUCUCUCUUUGGGCAUUUGAUGGAAAGCAAGCUGCAAUAUUAUGUACCUGAGAACUUUUGGAAGAUUUUCAAGAUGUGGAACAAAGAACUCUAUGUGAGAGAACAGCAGGAUGCCUAUGAAUUCUUUACUAGCCUCAUUGAUCAGAUGGAUGAAUAUCUCAAGAAAAUGGGAAGAGACCAAAUUUUUAAGAACACCUUUCAGGGCAUCUAUUCUGACCAGAAGAUCUGUAAAGACUGCCCUCACAGAUAUGAGCGCGAAGAAGCUUUCAUGGCCCUCAACCUAGGAGUUACUUCUUGUCAGAGUCUGGAGAUUUCUUUGGACCAGUUUGUUAGAGGAGAAGUUCUAGAGGGAAGUAAUGCAUACUACUGUGAAAAGUGUAAAGAGAAGAGAAUAACAGUGAAAAGGACGUGUAUUAAGUCUUUACCUAGUGUCUUGGUAAUUCACCUGAUGAGAUUUGGAUUUGACUGGGAGAGUGGACGCUCCAUCAAGUAUGAUGAACAAAUAAGGUUUCCCUGGAUGCUAAACAUGGAGCCUUACACAGUUUCAGGAAUGGCUCGCCAGGAUUCAUCUUCUGAAGUUGGUGAAAAUGGGCGAAGUAUGGAUCAGGGAGGCGGAGGAUCCCCACGAAAGAAAGUUGCCCUCACAGAAAACUAUGAACUCGUCGGUGUCAUUGUACACAGUGGGCAGGCUCAUGCGGGCCACUACUACUCCUUCAUCAAGGACAGGCGAGGGUGUGGAAAAGGAAAGUGGUAUAAAUUUAAUGACACAGUUAUAGAAGAAUUUGACCUGAAUGAUGAGACUCUGGAAUAUGAAUGCUUUGGAGGAGAAUAUAGACCAAAAGUUUAUGAUCAAACCAACCCAUAUACCGAUGUUCGCCGAAGAUACUGGAAUGCCUAUAUGCUUUUCUACCAGAGGGUGUCUGAUCAGAACUCUCCAGUGUUACCAAAGAAAAGUCGAGUCAGCGUCGUACGGCAGGAAGCUGAGGAUCUCUCUCUGUCAGCUCCGUCUUCACCCGAAAUUUCACCUCAGUCUUCUCCUCGGCCCCAUCGACCCAACAAUGACCGGCUAUCUAUUCUAACUAAGCUGGUUAAAAAAGGCGAGAAGAAAGGGCUGUUUGUGGAGAAAAUGCCUGUUCGAAUAUACCAGAUGGUGAGAGACGAAAACCUCAAGUUUAUGAAGAAUAGAGAUGUCUACAGUAGUGAUUACUUCAGUUUUGUGUUGUCUUUAGCCUCAUUGAAUGCUACUAAAUUAAAGCAUCCAUAUUAUCCUUGCAUGGCAAAGGUGAGCCUACAGCUUGCCAUUCAGUUCCUUUUUCAAACAUACCUACGGACAAAGAAGAAACUCAGGGUUGACACUGAAGAAUGGAUCGCUACUAUUGAAGCAUUACUUUCAAAAAGUUUUGACGCGUGUCAGUGGCUAGUUGAAUAUUUUGUUAGUUCUGAAGGUCGAGAAUUGAUAAAGAUUUUCUUGUUGGAGUGCAGUGUGAGAGAAGUACGAGUUGCUGUGGCCACCAUUCUGGAGAAAGCCCUAGACAGUGCCUUGUUUUAUCAGGAUAAGUUAAAAAGCCUUCAUCAGUUACUGGAGGUACUGCUUGCUCUGUUGGAUAAAGAUGUCCCAGAAAAUUGUAAAAAUUGUGCUCAGUAUUUUUUCCUGUUCAACACUUUUGUACAAAAGCAAGGGAUCAGGGCUGGAGAUCUCCUUCUGAGGCACUCAGCGCUAAGACACAUGAUCAGCUUCCUCCUGGGGGCCAAUCGGCAAAACAAUCAGAUACGCCGGUGGAGUUCAGCACAAGCGCGAGAGUUUGGGAACCUGCACAACACGGUGGCGUUGCUUGUUUUGCAUUCAGAUGUCUCUUCCCAAAGGAACGUUGCUCCUGGCAUGUGUAAACAGCGGCCACCUAUUAGCAUCGCCCCCUCGAGCCCUCUGCUGCCCCUCCAUGAGGAAGUAGAAGCCUUGCUGUUCUUGUCUGAGGGGAAGCCUUACCUGUUAGAGGUCAUGUUUGCUCUGCGGGAGCUGCCGGGCUCGCUCUUGGCACUCAUCGAGAUGGUGGUGUACUGCUGCUUCUGUAAUGAGCACUUUUCCUUCACGAUGCUGCACUUCAUCAAGAACCAACUAGAAACAGCUCCACCCCAUGAGUUGAAGAAUACGUUCCAACUACUUCAUGAGAUACUGGUCAUUGAAGAUCCCAUACAAGUAGAGCGAGUCAAAUUUGUGUUUGAGACAGAAAACGGAUUACUAGCCCUGAUGCACCAUAGCAACCAUGUGGACAGCAGUCGCUGCUACCAGUGUGUCAAGUUCCUCGUGACUCUUGCUCAAAAGUGUCCUGCCGCUAAAGAAUACUUCAAGGAGAAUUCUCAUCACUGGAGUUGGGCUGUGCAGUGGCUGCAGAAGAAGAUGUCAGAACAUUAUUGGACACCGCAGAGUAACGUCUCCAAUGAAACGUCAACUGGAAAAACGUUUCAGCGAACCAUUUCCGCUCAGGACACCUUAGCAUAUGCCACAGCUCUGUUGAAUGAGAAGGAGCAGUCUGGGAGCAGUAACGGGUCAGAGAGCAGUCCUGCAAACGAGAACGGGGAGAGGCACUUACAGCAGGGUUCUGAGUCUCCAAUGAUGAUUGGUGAGUUAAGAAGUGACCUUGAUGAUGUUGACCCUUAGAGGACUGCGCCCAGCCCUGGCGAGGAGUCACACCCCCGUGUGGGACACUCAGCAUCUUUUUGACACCAGAAUCUCAUCCUUGAAGGCCUUGGAGGAGCCCAGACUGCAAGAGCCGCUGUGGCCCUGGAGGAGCGUGCUCUGAAGAAAAAGCGCUUUGGCCACUCGAAGGCCUGGGAGCUGCUUGGCGGUGGGAGAACCUCACCACGUGGAUCGACUGUCCCGGUGGAUGAAAGUUUCUGUGGAUUUUUAGGAAAUCAGACCGGUGGCAGACUUUCUCGUUCCGUGAACAUACAAGAGUGGGGGUAAAGCUGUUGCUUUCUCUAUGAUGCCACAAGAGAAAUUCCUUCGGUUUUUAUAUUUUAAGGGGAAAAAAAAUAAAGCAAGCUGCCUUUAGAUAUGUGAGGGCAAAUUUUUAAUCUUGCAGUAAUAACAUUGAAUAGGAAUAUCUAAUUUAAAAUGAUGUAAAGAUAUGUGAUAAAACCCCUUUUCAUUGUAAAAUAGUAGUUAAAAAUUCAGUUUACACAGACCUUUGUAUUUAAUAUGUCUCCCUAUUUGUAUAGAAUUUGAAAUGGAUCUGGUCGAGCACCCUGGGCAUAAGCUUGGAUCUUGAUGAAUUGUUACCAGGAUCAAAAAUUGAGAAAUUGCUAAUGCUCUUUAAGGUAUUUUUUUCUGAUAUUAUUGAGACUGAAAAGAGCAAUUUAAAAAAAAAAAAAAAAGCCGUGUUCUCCAAAAGUAUAGGGUGCGUUGUUAGACAUCAGUCACUAAAGAAGUUAUGCAUUGUUCCCAAAACCAGUUUUAAAAACAGCAAAAUUAAAAGCACUUUAAGAUAUAAUUUUAUUGAGUUUAACUUCAUAAAACUAUCUUUUUAAUGCUCGGAGACAUAUUGAAUAAACUGUAGUCUUUAAAUCAUGUGAUCUGCAAUCAUUUGCUUUUGCUUAAAACAUUAUCACUGAAACCUUUGAUACUGGUUGUAUAUGAAGUUAAAUAUUUGAAUUGGGAGACAUUGCUCUGUGGGUUUCAUAGCAAUUUUAAUAGAGAAGAAAUUUGAGACUUUGUUUCUCUUCAACAUGACUGAUUAACACCGAGAAGACAGCCAGGUUUACGAUUUAUUUUCCCAGAAUAACUAGAAAGCAAUUGAACAACUAUCUGUGUAGGUGUAUUCCCAAAGCAUGGCCCUGCUCACUCGUUUCAGGUUAGGUACAGGCUCCCCUUUGGCGGGGUGUGGGGGGGGGUUACUCCAACAGAGUCCAUAUUCCUGUAUUUUGUACAUUUUGUAUUUUGAAUUGCUCACACACGUUUUCAACCCUGUUUUGCCUUUAGUUAUAUGUUCUGCCUUAUUCUCAACUCAUCGUGUGCAGAACUAGGGGAGCCCUAGGAAGUGCCAGAUUGCCACUGUCGGUUAGACUUGCCAAGUCAGAGAGGCGCAGCCAAGCCCCAAGUGCCUUUUUGGUUGCUUUUGCAUCUUGCAUAGACACGUGGCAGGGCAGACAGCUUUCCACUGCUGUGUGCUUUCAGCCGCCCGGUCAUUUCACUAUUCACCCGUGGAGGUUUACGUGCAGUUCAGGCUUCUCUUUGUAAUUUCACCACUUAACCGCAGGGAGUGAUGGCUCUUUUGAUCCAUGGAGAAGAUGGAAGGGCUAGCUUUUAAGAGCACAGCUGUGCUCUCCCAGAAACGGACAGAGGCAAUCUGCAGAUCGUAGAUGGUUCUAAUGUUCUUGCAAUGUUGACUGUGAUAUUCUGGAAUGGACUUCGAGUACCUGGGUACUCCGUGUCCUGCUGUUUCCCCUGCCCCACCCUCACCUCUCCACCCCGGGAUCUUCACAAAAAGGUUGUGAGGGACAUGACAUUGAAAUGCUGGCGAUGAUGUGUGUUGGGGUGUCAUCGCUGGCCACUGCAGUCUCAGGAGCCCAAAUUCAGGAGUGAAAUGACCACUUCUCGCCCCUUAUUUCCUAUGGAAACGACGCCUCCCACACCCCCGCGCCUGCUGUCCUCACUAAAGCUCCACCCGGAUGCCCGUCACUGUUGUGUGUUAGAUGCUUCGGUUAGUUUUGCCCAAGUUGUCGCUGCGAUGACAUCGUUUUCUCUUCGCCAGUAACCACUUGAUUUCCGACGGCUGCAGUCCACGAGCCUGCUGAUGACUUUUUUAAACAUAGAACAACAAAGUGACAAUAAUGACAGGAUUACCUUGGAAGAGUUGUCAUUUUUACUGCCAAUUUUUUGGAUGAAGAUGUUUUUUAUAAAUCUUUCAAAAUGGUCUGCAAAAUGAGCAGGAAUUGCACAAUUAACUCAACGCCGUAUGUCUCAGGAUGCUCCCUUAGCGAAGGCCGAGCUUAGGAUGACCGAUUCGGCCCAUUCAAGGCAUCCUGGGAAAGAAAGCCAACAAGCAUCUGACGGCAUCCCGCCCAGACUCCUCCCGGAGUACUCAUGUGGUCACUGACAACUAGAGGCAGGUGUAGGACCCAGAGCGCGCGUCACCGGACACCCUCCGUGUCGCCCCAGCCUCCCUGCUGACAUCGAGGUGUGUGCAGUUACCUGUUGAGCUUGGAACAAGCAGACUGGAAUUUUCCUCUGCUACCUCUUGUAUACAAAUCUUGUUUAUAAAAUUUCAAAAGGAAGUAGAAACUAGGGAAUAAUCUUCAUUCUAAAUUUGGUUCAUGCGUGGCAGAGUUCUUAGCUUCUAAGAGUAUUAUAAAAUAAAUUUUUCAAAAAUGUA